AUGUCCAUCAUCGACCGUGUAGUUCUUGUGGCCGGUGCCUCCAAGGGCAUCGGUAAAGCGAUUGCCCUGCAGGCCGGCAAGGAAGGUGCAUAUGUGAUUGUCAACUACAACACUGAUGCGCAUGGUGCCGACAAGGUUGUUGCAGAGAUUGGGGCUAGUCGCGCGCUGGCCGUUCAAGCGGACAUCUCCAAAGCCGCAGAUAUUGACCGACUGGUCAACACAUCUGUUGCACGCUUUGGCAAGAUCGAUGUGGUAAUUCCAAACGCCGCUUACGUGCCCUUGGCCGACGUUGAGGCGGCCACUGAGGACCAGUUUGAUAUGGCAUUUGGCGUGAAUGUUAAAGGACCGUGGUUUCUUGUGCAGAAAUCCCUUCCGUACCUGAGCAGCGGAAGCACCGUUAUUUUCAUCUCCUCGGAUUUGACCGACUUCAGCACGCUGCCGCCACAGCUUUUCCUCUAUAUCUCGACCAAAGGAGCCCUGAACUUGAUGGUACGGUCAAUUGCCCAGACGCUGGCAAAACGUGGCAUCCGCAUUAACGCUGUGUCUCCGGGCCCUACCGAAACCGAUUCGUUCUUCAAAUCCAACACUGACGACAGCACCCGGAUGUUGGCGGAGCUCAGCCCAUUCAAGCGGCUUGGGAGGCCAGACGAGGUGGCAGCUGCAGUGAGCCUGUUGUGGCGUCCGGAGAGUUCCUGGAUAUCGGGACAGGUUGUCAAAGUCAAUGGGGCGGCGACCUGA